ACAAUAGAGGCUGCCUGGUAAGAGUCAGAGGUGAACUGAGCUGCUCAAUGAAAACCCCUCCAGCUGGUAGCCAAGAGGUAUUGUCCUGUGUUCUGUACCAAUUGUUGCAUACUCAAACCAUCUGGCACUUCCAUCAUCAGAGGAAUUUCACAGACUGUGGUUGUACCAUAGUAUCUCCUACACUUGGACAGCUCCAAUUGUUUGGUUUGCAUCUCAACUGUUACUUUUAUGUAUAAUUACAGUUCUCUUGGCACACUUAUGGAAUUGAAGAGUGUGUCAGUCAUGAAUAUUUUAUGAACUUUCAACUCUAAUUGCACAGACAGGAGCUGAAUCGGAAACUGACAUUUCAAGUGAUCUUAAUGUUUAUGAACAUAUACGAAAAUACUGAAUAAUGGAGACGACGAAGAGACCAGCAAUGCGAAACAAAGACCAGGUUAUCACCCUCAGUGACUACACAUGGUUGGAGAGGAGUAAGGCACGGUUCACCUCUGGUGGGCAGAACCAGCUGGGUUUGAAGAAAGAUGACCUGCUGUAUGAAGGAGAGAACGCGAGAGAAGCGCUAAAACGGCUACCAAGAAGUACGCUCGAGGAGCGCCAUCUCAGAGUGUGUAGGGCGGUCAACCUCCUAUUGAAGAAACAGGUCCUGGCACCUGAGCAGUGGACAAGGUACAGUGAGGACCCCUACCUGCAGCCUUACUUAGAGGAAGUGCAGCGAGAGAAGUCAGCUAAAAGGAAGCCAAACCUGUUCUGUGUGGAGAAAUGACACCUACUUUACUUUCAACUGAGACUUGUGUGCAGAAAAGUCUUUGUUGUCUUCUUGUAUCUUCACAUCAUCUACAAAAGAAUUAAAACGAUAGCCUAAAAGAAGUUUCAUUGUUCAUUUUGAUAUAUCUUUGUUGCUUACGUUACUAAAAAUAAGUGCUUGGCCCAUCACGGCAAUACAAGUUAGAUAUAUCAUUUUUCGUCAUGUCUAAAAUAACUCCACUGUCUCCACAGCAACAAUAUUUUUUUUUUUUACUUGAGGUCUAGAGACUACUCUUGCAUCAAUUAUAAUACUGGCCAUCAUAUCAUAACUAAUUACUUAAUCUUUCAUAACCUCAGCAGCACAGAAAAUUUAUGCUAGGACCAUGUUACUUAUCUAGACCAAGAACAACACCAGACACAGUUUUCUUGUUUUCAUACAGCUUUUACUUUUUCAUGUAUGCAGAAUAGCAGGAAAACCUUGGUGAGAUAAAACAACAUUCCAGGGCACACUGUACAUGUCAGAUACACAAAGGAGUAUGAAGCAUGUAUGGAUAUUUUUGUAGUUCCAUUUAUCGAUGGAUGUUGACGCAAUGGAUCUA